GGGUAGAGAGCUGCACUUUGACCCAAACUCCACCGGAACCGGACUGAACUUUGAAGGGUAUUAUUAUUAUUAUUAUCAUUAUUAUUAUCCUUGGCUCGCAUUGGUGUGAGAAACCUGUUGCGCAUAAGUGGCGUGUUUUUCAAAUACUUUUGAAGGAUUAACAACGAGAAGAAGAAGCACUUUGGGACGAACUUUUUUUUUCAUUUAGCCUGACAGACGGUCAGGAGGCAUGACAGCACUGGCAGGAGGUUUAACCAGGAUGAUGAGACCCAGUCCGCACCAGAACUACCCGAGGGGAGGCUACUCUCUGGAGGUGUCCACCCCUUUGGGUCAAGGUCGCGUUAACCAGCUCGGUGGUGUCUUCAUCAACGGCCGGCCGCUGCCCAACCACAUCCGCCAUAAAAUCGUAGAGAUGGCGCACCACGGGGUCCGGCCUUGUGUCAUAUCCCGCCAGCUGAGGGUCUCUCACGGCUGCGUAUCCAAAAUCUUGUGCCGGUACCAGGAGACUGGCUCCAUACGACCCGGAGCCAUCGGAGGCAGCAAACCAAAGCAAAGUGCAACUCCAGAGGUGGACAAGAAGAUUGAAGAGUACAAGAGGGAGAACCCAGGGAUGUUCAGCUGGGAAAUUAGGGACAAAUUACUAAAAGAUGGCAUCUGUGAUAGAAAUAGUGUUCCUUCAGUGAGCGCCAUCAGUCGCAUCAUGAGGUCCAAAUUCGGCGGCGUGGGUGACGAUGAUGAGGAUGGGGACGACGUGGUGAAGAGGGAGAUGGAGGAAAACGAACCCAGGACAAAACACAGCAUCGAUGGUAUCCUGGGAGACAGAUCCAGUCACUCGGACGAGGGCUCCGAUGUAGACUCCGAGCCGGGCCUUCCGCUGAAGAGGAAGCAGCGUCGCAGUCGGACCACAUUCACGGCGGAGCAGCUGGAGGAGCUGGAGCGGGCCUUCGAGCGCACGCAUUAUCCUGACAUCUACACGAGGGAGGAGCUCGCUCAGAGGGCUAAACUCACCGAGGCUCGCGUUCAGGUGUGGUUCAGCAACAGAAGAGCACGCUGGAGGAAGCAAGCGGGAGCCAAUCAGCUGAUGGCAUUUAACCACCUCAUCCCAGGCGGUUUCCCUCCGUCAGCCAUGUCCGGCCUGCAACCCUAUCAGCUGCCCGAGAGCCCCUACCCCGCAACCUCCAUAGCUCAGGCCACUGAGCAGCCCAGUACGGUCCACCGGCCGCAGCCUCUGCCGCCCACCUCCGUACACCAGAGCGCCCUCAGUUCAUCGUCCAGCUCUCAGGACGGCAGCUCGGCAUACUGCCUCUCCUCCGGCCGCCACGGCUUCUCAGGAUACUCGGACGGCUUCGUGGGCCCGACCGGACACACCAACACCGUCAACCCCGCCGCCAUCGCCAACAGCCUCUCACCUCAGGUGAUGGGCCUUUUGAACCCAGGAGGAGUACCUCAUCAGCCCCAGAGUGACUUCGCUCUCUCCCCGCUGACCGGGGGCUUAGAGCCGAAUGGCGGUAUGGCUGCGAGCUGUCACGGUUCCCAGCGACUGGAGGCUUUACCGGGUCUGUCCAGCAUGCCCGCCCUGCCGAGCACGCAGUCUUAUUGCCCGCCCUCAUACACCUCGCCAGCCUACGCCGUGGACCACCAUCCGUCUUACCAGUAUGGACAAUACACUCAGAGCAAGGUUCCUUUCAUUAUUUAAAGCCACUCGACUUGGUACACGGCUGUCUUUGCCAGCUUCUCCAAGGCCAACCGGAGGAGACGGAGAGGUGUGCUCCCUUCCAGAAAUAAAAAAGGAAAACCACCUCGAUGGAGGGUAUACUGAUGGCGACGGUCGACUGGAAUAAUUAGGACCAAAGGUGCAGCCUCUCCAGUUACCUUGCGCGUCUCGUCAUGCUCCGAGGACGCGAGCCCGCUUGUUCAUGCUUGAAGAGGAUAAGGAAAAAAAAGGGCUGUGGUGGGAGGGACGGACUUAAUACAUUCAAGAUUUGAUUUUUGCAACUUGAGGCAGACUCUUUUUUUUUAUUUUGCCCCCCACCCAAUGCCAUGCUUUCGUCAGGUCAAAGUUGUGACCAACUGUAUUUGUCAGUAAACUCUACAUAAAACACACCAUUUCUUAAAAACACCCGAAAGGAAGGAAAGCAUUUUUUUUUCAAAAUAAGUGACGUCAUUUUAACAGAGGAAGAACGGAUUUUUAUUCCUGUCAAAAGGGGCCAGAUGUUCUUCCGAAGCUGACAGUGAUGAAAAAGACAGUAAAUCUACCCUGUGUGGACCACUGCAACCCAAAGAAAGUGCAAUACCCUCAUACCUCAUGAACGAGCACCCAUCACAUGUACAUGUCCUCCAAGUAAUACUUUUUUAUUUUAUUUUAAAUGACAUCUGUCAUACAGUAUUUUUUGGGUGGAGUGCAUUGCCCAGUGUAAAACUGAGAAGCCAAAAAACAAGAAAGAAAAAAAAAAAACACUUACAGGUAUAUACAUUUCCUAUUGGACAGUUAUUUUAUUUUUUUAUAAUUUUUUUUAAAUAAUUUUGCAUGUGUUAAAUUAGUUUUCAUUUGGAACUUUCUGAUAUUUUUAUUUAUUUAGUG